CAAUUUGCGCAAGAGAUUCUUUCAGACGAUGAAUAUUCACUAAACGAUCUUGAGCGGUUGCAAAGUAUAGUUGCAUCGGACAGGCCUUACAUCAGUGCGAUAAAGGAAUGGCGCAACUUUCUCUAUAAGCCAGAUGCAGAAUAUGAUUUUUCGAGAACGGGAUCCGAUCAUGAGUCGGAAUGGUAUGUUACUUGUAGUCUCGAUGGCAAGAUUGUCGGGACAGGAACAUCAAGAGGCAGAAAGCAAGAGGCGAAAAGUCGUGCAGCAGCAUCAGCCAUUCGCAAUCUUUUAUCGAACCCGUUAUCGACAUCAACUGAAUUUCCGACUCACACAAGAGCUUCAGAAACAGGGGAGGGGGACAGAGAGGAGGAAAGAGAGGAGAGCACUUGA